GUGCCCUGUGACCAGUAGGAGUGCCAACCCUGAGCUCAUACCUGGCCUAGGCCUCCUUCUAGAAGUCAUAGGGGUCCAGGUAGCAUGGAGUCCAGACUCUUCUCCAGAUGAGACCCACAGCCCUGGGAAUAUCCUCUUAGGGCACUCCUGCCCCCAGGGAGCCUCCCCCUACACAGCCUACCUCAUAUCCCCACGGAGAGGUCCAGGACUCACACACUAGGAGGCUGAAACACGGAUGCCGCCAGGCUCCACCACUGACACAUUCCCUUUGGCCCCCCAACCCCCUAGUAAAACAGCUUCUGCCGAGCAGUUAUGAGGACGAGCAAGCGUGUGGAGGCCCUGGUGCAAGGCCUGGCACAUGGAAGCAUGAUUUCCCUUCCCUAUCCCUCUUUGCCCAUACUAGCUGUGUGACCUUAGACAAGUGACCUGACCUCUCUGAUUAACGUCCUGGAGGCUUACUGCCAAAGAGUGCUUAUGAGAGGCCAGUGGGUGAAAGGUCUUUGGAGGCUGUUAGGUUGUGGUACAGCCUGUGGUACUCAUGUGCACGGGGGCAGAGGGGCGAGUGAGCUAGGGACCCAUUGGCCCUUAGUGAAUCAGACCAGACCUUGGCUAGUUUUCCAGGGAGCUGUUGGAGGUGGCCGCAGGGACCUGUCUCCCAGCGACCCGCAGGUGCAGAAGGCGGCGCAGGCGGCGGUGGCCAGCUACAACAUGGGCAGCAACAGCCUCUACUACUUCCGGGACACCAACAUCCUCAAGGCACAGAGCCAGUUGGUGGCCGGCAUCAAGUACUACCUGACUGUUGAGAUGGGGAGCACAGCCUGUCGCAAGAACAUGGCCACCGGAGACGGCGUGGAUAUCGCCACCUGCCCCUUUGCCACAGGAGUGCAGGAGGAGAAGCUGCGCUGUGACUUCGAGAUCCUAGUGGUCCCCUGGCAGAAUUCCUCCCAGCUUCUGAAGCACAACUGCGUGACCAUAUCAUAGACCCCUUGGGGCAUGGGGGCGGGGGGCGGCGGGGCACGGGCGGGAAGGCACUUCAGGUCCAGGGACGUACCUGUCACAAUAAAUUGCCAGCACUGCUUCUUGCA